CAAAAUGGCGGCGGCGGAGCUGGAGCGGGUUCGCGUCUCGGCCGCCGAGCUGAGGCGGGGCGUCGCCGAGGCGGCGGCGCUGGGCCGGGCCGGGCCGGAGACCAUGAAGGAGCCGCGGCACCGUAAGGACAACCGGCGUCCGGACCUUGAAAUCUACAAGCCCGGCCUGUCCCGGCUGCGGAACAAACAGGCCUCAGCCAAGCUGGAGGCCAACUCCUGGCCAGAGGAAGCCAAGGCGGGGAUGGCUGGGGACAGGGACCCCUCUGCGGCUUCCAGCAAGAAGGAUCCCCCCGGAGGAAGCGCCCAGCGCCUAAACGGGGUCUCAGAAGGGAGCUCCGAGCCGGGGGCUCCCCAGGCCGGCACACCUGAUGACUGGUGCCCUCGGCUCGUCAGGCGAGCCAAGAAGCCGGACCAGCAGAUCUAUCAGCCGGGGAAGCGCCUGCAGGUCCCCUCCAAGGAGCCAGCAGCUGAGGAGCCCCCUGGGAAGGGGGAGAAAGGCAAAGAGCCUGAAGGGGAGGCUGGGAAGGGGAGCGAGGGCCCCCGGAAGUCGGGCACUCAAGAGCAGAGGGAAGGGAGCCAGAGCAAAGACAGGGCCAAGCCCCUCCGGGGCGCUGAGAAGGGCAGGCGGGCCGAGAGGCCGGACUGGGCCAAGAAGGGCGGCGAGGAGGUGUCAGCCUGCGGCAAGGCCAGCACUCCCAAGCGCUACUCACGCUCCGACAAGCGCCGGAAUCGGUAUCGCACCUGCAGCACCAGCUCGGCCGGGAGCAACAACAGUGCGGACGGGUCCCGUGGGGAGGCAGAGGCGGGGAAGCGGCGCCCGGAGCUGGCCAAGGAGCAGCCUCGGCCCCGGAAGCAGCUUUCCGCCUCCUCCACAGACUCCCUUGACGACGACCGGGAUGAGGAGGCCAGCCGGGACCUAGAGAUGAAGCGGCAGCUGGAGCACAGCUGGCUUUCCAAGACCACUGAUGGGAGGGAAGGCAAAGGGGGGCAGCCGGCUGGCCAUGCAAUGCAGAGGAGGGCCGCCGAGGCUGGCUGGCGGAAGCGCAAGCCCUCCGGGGCCAGCCUGAGUGACUCUACGGAGGCCCAAGGAGAGGGCAAGCCCCAAGGGAGGGGCCGCGGGAUCCUGGUCCUCCCGGCCAACACGGACCUGAAUGCCAGUGCCACCGGAUCUCCGGAGGCCCUCCACUCAGGGGGGCCCAGGCUCCUCUUCGGCGGGGGCAGCAAAGGGGGCAGGGGCAGGGGCAGGGGGGGCACCGCCCGCCGGCUCUGGGACCCCAACAACCCUGAGCAAAAGCCAGCGCUGAAGAGCGCGGCCGCCCAACUGCACUUCCUGGACACGGACGACGAGGUGCCCCCAGCCCCUCGGGGCGAUGCCCGCCAGGCCUCGGCCCCCUACUACCGCUUCCAGAACUCGGACAACCCCUAUUACUAUGGCAGGCCGGUGGGCCAGGCCCCGGCCCCGGCUCCGUACUCCUACACCGGGUAUUCCCUGCCGUAUCAGGUGGGCGCCAACAACGGGGUUUACCCGGGGCCGUAUUACCCUGCUGGCUUCCCAGGCCAGCCGGAGCCCUACCUCUGCAGCCCGCUCCUAGCCAGCCCCCUCAGCCCUGAGAUGGAGCAGCAGGUGCGCGGCCUGCAGCAGCAAGAGCUCAGCAAGGUCCUCCGCGAAGCCAGCAACCUGGAGCAGCAGCUUAGCAACCUCCUGUCCAGGGACCGGCUCCGUCCCGAGGGCCUGGAGAAGAUGGGGCAGCUCAGGGCCGAGAUGCUCCAGCUGUACGAGCGCUGCCUCCUGAGCGACAUUGAGUUCGCUGACGCCCAGAACGUGGACCAGCUGCUCUGGAAGAACGCCUUCUACCAGGUGAUCGAGAAGUUCCGGCAGCUGCUCAAGGGCCCCCUGGGGGAGGGCGGCCAGGAGAUCCGUGGCAAGCUCCUCCAGCUCCUGGACGAGGGCACCGUCUUCUUCGACAGUUUGCUGCAGAAGCUGCAAGCAACAUACCAGUUCAAGCUGGAAGACUACAUGGACGGCAUGGCCGUCCGCAGCAAGCCCCUGCGGAAGAUGGUGAAAUAUGCCCUCAUCAGUGCCCAGAGGAGUCUGAUUUGCCAGGGAGACAUCUGCAGGUACAGGGAACAAGGCAGCGACACGGCAAACUACGGGAAAGCCCGCAGCUGGUACCUGAAGGCCCAGCACAUUGCCCCGAAGAACGGCCGCCCAUAUAACCAGCUGGCCCUCCUGGCUGUCUACACGAGGAGGAAGCUGGACGCUGUCUACUACUACAUGCGCAGCUUGGCUGCCAGCAACCCCAUCCUGACCGCCAAGGAGAGCCUGAUGAGUCUCUUUGAGGAGACCAAGCGCAAGGCGGAGCAGAGGAAGAGCCCCAGCCGACGCACCAACGGCAAGAAGUCGGCCUUCCGGCCUUCCGGGGAUGACAACACCCGCCUGGAGCGCUGGAUCCACCCCUCCCACCCGCGCUCCGGCCAGGGCCAGGAGUCCGGCCGGGACUCGGAGCAGGACAACGGGCUUAUGAGUCUCAGCCCCAGCGAUCUGAACAAAAGGCUCGUCCUGAGUUUUCUCCAUGCCCAUGGGAAGCUGUUUACCAGGAUUGGGAUGGAGACGUUCCCUGCUGUGGCUGCCGAGGUCCUGAGCGAGUUCCAGGCGCUGCUGGCCCACAGCCCCCUGCCCAUCGGGAGCACCCGCACGCUGCAGUUUGUGGCCAUCAACAUGUUCGCCAUCUACAACUCCCAGCCCAAAGAGUGCCUCUCGGAGGACUGCCGCUCGGUGAUCCAGGAGCAGGCCACGGCCCUGGGGCUCGCCAUGUUCGCCACGCUGGUCAAGCGCUGCGCCGCUCUGCUGCAGGAAGUCUCUCUGGCCGCUCAGGCCCAGGAGGGCUCCGGGGUGAAGGAGGAGGAGGAGGAAGAGGGGGAGGAAGAAGGCAUCAAGGUCUCCUCCUUGCCGCAGGACCUGAAGGAGCUGCUUCCCAGCAUCAAGGUUUGGUCGGACUGGAUGCUCGGCCACGCAGACACCUGGAACCCCCCGCCCAGCGCCCUGGAGCUGCCCCGAUCGGUCUCCGUGGACGUGUGGGCCACGCUGGCCGACUUCUGCAACAUCCUGACAGCUGUGAACCAGUCGGAGGUGCCCCUCUACAAGGACCCGGACGAGGACCUGGCCCUGCUCAGCCUGGAGGAAGACCGGCUGCUCUCGGGCUUCGUCCCGCUGCUGGUUGCCCCUCAGGAGCCCUGCUACGUGGAGAAAUCCUCGGACAAGGCGAUCGCCGCCGACUGCAAGAGGGUGACAGUGCUGAAGUAUUUCCUGGAAGCCCUUUGCGGCCAAGAAGAGCCAUUGCUGGCAUUCAAGGGUGGAAAGUAUGUCUCAGUGGCCGCCGUCCCAGACACCAUGGGAAAGGAAACGGCAGGCCAAGAGGGAAAACAACUGGAAGAUCAGGAGGAUGACAUCCAGAUCGAGGCCUUCGAGGACGACUCCGAGGCUGAAGGGAGCGGCGGAGAAUUUGACAUCAGGGAGCUGCGGGCCAAGAAGCAGGCGCUGACCAGGAAGGUGGCCGAGCAGCAACGCCGCCAGGACAAGAUCCAGGCGGUGCUGAAGGACCAGGCGCAAGUGAGGCAGAUGGAGCUGGAGAUCCGCCCCGUCUUCCUGGUCCCGGACACCAACGGGUUCAUCGACCACCUGGGCAGCCUGGUCAAGCUGCUGGACUGCCGGCAGUUCAUCCUCGUGGUGCCCCUGAUUGUCAUAAAUGAGUUGGACGGGCUGGCCAAGGGCCCUGAGUCAGAGCACCGCGUGGGGGGCUAUGCCCGCCUGCUGCAAGAGCGCGCCCGCAAGGCCGUGGAGUUCCUGGAGACGCGCUUCGAGGGGCGUGACAGCUACAUGCGAGCCCUGACCAGCCGGGGCAACGAGCUGGAAUCCAUCUCCUUCCGCAGCGAGGACAUCUCCAGGCAGCAGGGAAAUAAUGAUGAUUUGAUCUUGUCGUGUUGCCUCCACUACUGCAACGACAAAGCAAAGGACUUCAUGCCAGCCAAGAAAGAUGACCCGAUCCGGCUGCUGCGGGAGGUGGUGCUGCUGACAGACGACCGCAACCUGCGUGUGAAGGCGCUGACCCGCAAUGUGCCCGUGAGGGACAUCCCCACCUUCCUGAGGUGGGCACAGGAGGGCUGAGAGAAGCGGGGGCCGCCUGCCAGGAGCUGUGCAGCCGUUGCCUCCAGCAGGGGGCAGCCUCGGGGUGGAGGGACGGGCAUCCCGCUGCCAUCCCAGGACCCCCCUCUGAACAAUAAACGCAGCGUCUCCAACCCCACCCGGAAUGGCCGUGCUGUGGGUGCAAGUGAGGGGCGCACGUCCCCACGGGGAAGUUGUGCCACGGAGGAUCGGACGUGUAGGGGUCCCUGGGUCUUUGGACGGGGAGGAAACCCAGAAGGGGGUAUCCCAGGCACACCCACCCACUUCCUCCUGCCAAGGUGGAGCCCUGGGGAAGGACCUUAGUUUGGAUGUGGCACUCCGCUUUCAUGAUUCCCCACCCCCAGAACAUCACCUGGGCAGCCUCCUGCCCAUCUCACUGUCUCGGGUGGGGAAGCUCCCGGCUCGCUUGGCCCAGGCCUGUCAUCUUUGCUUCUCUGCUCUCAUCCUGAGACAUUGGGCGGCUGUUUCCUCCCCCCACCAGCCCAGAGCCCGAGGUUUUUGCCCCAGCCCUCCUCCGCCCUCUGCCCACCCCUGCCACUCGCUGGUCCUCCUUUCCCUGACUCCCGCACGCUCCUUCUCUAGUGCCCUCGCUGGUUUGACUAGGAGAGACAGAGUGCCACGCCGUGGGCUUUGGAGGGUCAUAGCUCCCUUCUGGCUGUAGGCCUUUCAUGGGGCAGGCAAGCAGAUGCCCUCAUGGAAGAGAUUGCAGGCUGAGCGGGCGGAGCUGGGAGGUUCCCUUGAGUUCACCAGGGGACGGCUUGGGUAAAGAGCCAUGGACAUCUGGCUCCUGUGGGGGGCGGGGGUCCACUGCUCCAGGGCUUCUGUUUCUGCCGCAAAGCAUACGGGGUGGGAGAAGAGGCCAGCCAGCAUUUCCACCCCACUCCACCCCACCCCACCCACCCACAGAGCCCUCCACUUGCCUUCUGGGGAGUGCCCAGGGAACGGACCGAGGCAGCAGCAUCCCCAGGGCUUUUGGGCUUUGAGUCAGCAACCCAGGACCACCCUCUUCUUCCUCCACCCCCGGAAAGUCCGUGUGCCUCGAAGAGGCCUCUGUUGAUCAGCAGGCACACCUCUGCUUCUGGUGGAAGUCGCAUCCAGGGCUCUGGGCACUGGACAGGAGCCCACGGCCAGCAGCUCCGGAGACGGGGGAAGACCUCUCCCACCUUGGCAGGUCAACCCAGCAUGGAGGCCCUCGCUGGCAGCACACGUGCAGCAGGAGAGGGAUCCGUCCCCGGGGGGGGGAGGGGGAAGCUGGCCGGCAGCCCCUCCUCCUGCUUCCACCUGCCAGGAUUUGAUGGGGGGCAUGCUUGGGCCCAUUUUUUUUGUCCUGUUGUUUUCUUAAUAAAUUUUUAGUAGGGAA